AUGCUGGGCAGGCACAAACGAGCUGACAAUGCCCCAUGUCAGGCCUCCAAGUACGUGCGGCCAAACAAAUUACAGGGAAAUUGCGUCACCUGCAGGAAUUUCCACUCAGCAUUGUCAAAGGCCAUCAAAAGUUGUUGGACAUGUUGUAACAUUAAUUUGACAUUUUACGGCCCAGGCUAGGGAUCGGCAUCUGGCCCUUGACCGCAAAACAACACAGGACAACAGUUAACCCCCGGCAGGCAGCUGUCAAGUAACCGAAGGAUGCUGUAG